AUGAUUCAUUCCAGAUUACUUGCUCUUCUUGCUGUCUGCACGCUGUCCCAGCUGCUCAUUUUAUUACCAACGGUGCGCGCUGCACACGAUAGCGCUUCCGCAUGUCCCGGGUUACCGUCUCCUUUCGACUUCUCCUACCCGGACCGCCUAUGCGGCAACCUAAAAGAGUUCGCGGUGCGUCUAAAUGACCACAUGCGAGCUCUUAGCCGCGCCGCCGGGCCCAUCACUGCCAGCACAGCAGCGGCCGGCGCUCCCGGCUCAAUCGCCGCGCCCGCCUCUCUAGCCUCCCCUUCCACUGCCGCGCCCUCAUUCACCACCUCCUCCUCCUCGCCCGCAUCUGACGCCACGCUCGCGAACUCGUUCCUAGACCCGCUACCGUCCACGCCGCGGUUUCUCGCGUACGACUCGGGGAUAGGCGGGUACGGCGACACGAUUACGGGCCUAGUAACCACGUUCAUAACGGCUCUUUUGGACGGCCGCGCGCUCGUCGUGAAACAUCCAUGGCUGCUGCACGCGUUCGAGCCGGCAACGUUCGACUGGCGGCCCACCCCCGACGUGAAAAUCGACCCCGUGCAAUUUAUUAACAACGAAACGGAACCCGUGGAGCCGGGCAGAGUGCCGCGAAUCGCGCUCACGGCAAUGAAGGUGGAUCCCGAGGCGCUCUUCGGCCGCAUGGAAAAGUACCCCGUGGUGCGCGUCGCGUGGAACGUGGGGCACCUGACGUACUUUUAUAAGAACAACGGCACGUGGGGCGCCAGGUUCCGGUCGCUGGGACUGCGCCCGCCUUACUCCUUCGGCUGUAUCAUGCGGCUACUGCUCAGGCCGAAGCCGGAGGUGUGGCAGAUGAUGCGCGAGACGGCGCGCGCGCUGCACGGCGAGCGCGGGCUGAGCGUGGGCGUGCACAUCCGCGUGGACGACCGCAUCGUGUGGGGCGGGCUGCACGGCUACGGCGCGCCCAUCACGCUCAACGAAACGCAGAUCGGGCAGCUCAUGGAACAAGCCAGACCCGCGCUCGAGUGUGCUCAGGGCGUGGAGGACUGGUGGCAUCCGUCGCCAGUGAAGACCAAGUGGCUCGUGCUCACCAACUCGCACCAGCUCAAGGAGGCCAUUCAGAAGAAAUACCCCGAUAAGGUGGUCGUGACCAACUUUGUUCCCCGGCACGUGAGCAAGAACGAGGACCCCAACUCCAAGAGCAACGAGGCGAGCGAGGUGAUGGUGCAGGAGACGGUAGCAGAGUGGCUGCUCUUCGCCUCGUGCGACCGCUUUGUCUUCCCCGACUCGGGCUACUCCCGCACAGCUGCUAUGUACUCCAUGCGCCCUGCCUCCAUGCAUCUAACGCGCAUCUGCAACCCAGAGCACCCUGUGGAGGUCACCACGCUUGCAGAGAAGGGCAGCUCUAUUUGA